AGUGGCGGUAACUGUAAGCCAGAGAAUCAUCGGUUUGUUUUUAACAGGUACUACAUAUGAACAUGUUUUGUUUAAAUAAGGCAAAAUGUAUCGUUUCGACGACUUUUAGCUGUAUUUGCGAGUUUCAACAUGACACGGUUUGUAUGCGUCAGUGGAUUUUAAUUCUAAAGAAAUGAACGCGUUCUGUCGAAACAAACCCGAGAGUUUUAUUAACGUUCACAAAUGUCACAGAGCCGGUCUGAGAGUGACAUAUGGGACUAUAAACCUCUUAAAAAGACCAAGAGAAAAUCCAACAUCUCUGACGAACGUGUGGCAAAAAGGGGAAAGCGGCGCAAAUCAUCAGCGCAAAAAAUAAACACGGAGCACAACUGUGCGGAUUUAGGCCAAAAUAGAGAUGGUUGUCUAACCAAUGAAAGCUCACACCAACAGACUCCAUCAGACCAAGAACAGGCCUCAAACUCCCAGGAUGUGCAGCAUGGGAGAUCUAGAGAUGCCCAGGAGAAACAGGCCGAGUCUGGGGGCUUCUGUCCUGUCUGUCAGAUGCCAUUUUCCAUCCUAGUGGUGCAGUCCCAACAAUGGCAUGUUGCAGAAUGCUUAGAUACCCCAGGCGAGGACUCGAGAGAAUGUCCAGAUGGUCUACACUGCACGUCCACCAUCCCCAGUCACUACAAGAGGUACAGCCACUCUCUCCUCGCUCACAGUCGAGCACGGAAUGACAGUGUCAGUACAGUGCCGACUCAAACCUGCACAGUUAAAGCUAUCUCAGACUUUAAGUCUGUUGGCAAUGAUGCUCCUUUGUCUAGUACGGAGAGCUCUGUGGACAGCGCUGUGAACGUAUCCAUCUUUUCCAGCCAAAGUUCAUCUCUUGGUGAAAGCCUGACGCAAACUCCAACCAAGACCAAUGCCUUGCUUCUCUUGCGCUCCCCUAACACUGACGAUAUUAAGAAAAAGAAAGGCUGGUCUUCUUCCACCAAGAGAUCUCAAUCCCAGAGUUCAUCACAGGAGGUCAGAAGCUCCACUCCAGUUAAACCAGAGACUGAAGUUAAAGAGGAGUUCUCUGCAUUUAAUGAUGAUGAUUAUAUCUCCUACUCUCCACUGUCUGAACUUCCAGGUGUUAAUGAGGGGCACGCAACACAAAAAACAAAGAAAGAGCUUUUGUUUCAUGGUGAUACUGUACAUGGUGAUGAACGUGAGGUUGAUGGAGAAGAUGGUGAUGAGGAUUCUCUCAAAUUGUUCAGUGAUGAUGAUGAGCUGUUCAUAAACAUGCUGGACCACUUUGAGACUAACAGCCAGGAACUUGGCCCACAUGACUCAUUAAACUCCUGUUUGAAAUCUCAGUCUUCAUUAACACCAGAUGACCUAAUCGCUUCCAGUUUCACAGUUGUUUCUGAUGGAAAAUCUCAACAUGGACCUCUUUCUCAGUCUGUAGAGAAACAGUUAACAGCAAACAGUAAACCUACAGACACCCAACUUCAGUCACCCCAAAGCUUGGUAUUAGAGUGCCUUCGAGAACGCAUUUCUAGUCCUGCCCACAUCAACAGUUUGGGAUCAGAAGCUACCUCUGCUAAUAUUAGCCAAGAUUUGUUUUCCAGUCAGACACCACUAUCUAAUACCCAGAAGAUGCUUUCCAUGGCUCCAAGGAGAACCCAGACUAGAGGAGGUCCCUCUGGAUUAAAGCAAACGGACAUUGGGGUGUUUUUCGGCCUGAAGCCUUUGACUCGAAGCAAGGCUGUUGAGGAAGUGGAUGGUAAGGAAGCUGACCAGCAAGGAUCUAGAAAAGCGAGGAUUGUAGAAGCUAAUGGCCAAGAUGCAAAGCGAGCGGGUGGGCGCCAUAGGAAGAACGAAGUUUCCAACGUCUCUCCUGCUGCAGAAGAUGGCACAGCUCAACCCACGCAAACAGAAGGAGGAAGAGGAGGGAGGGCAGCGGGGUGGAAAAGAUGGAACCGGGAAAAAGCGACAGAUGGAGAUCCUGAGGUGCACAAGCGCUGUCCGUUCUACAAGAAAAUACCUGGAACUGGUUUUGUUGUGGAUGCCUUUCAGUAUGGGCUUGUUGAAGGUGUCACAGCCUACUUUCUCACCCACUUCCACUCAGACCACUACAUUGGCUUGAAGAAAAACUCAGUUUUUCCUAUCUACUGCAACAAAAUAACGGGUAACCUGGUGAAGAGCAAGCUGAAGGUAGAUGAGCAGUAUGUUCAUGUUCUUCCAAUGAACACACAAUGUACGGUUCAAGGGGUGAAGGUCACUUUCUUGGAUGCUAACCACUGUCCCGGGGCAGCCAUUUUGCUGUUUGUGCUGCCAGAUGGCCAGACGGUUCUCCACACAGGUGACUUCCGGGCUGAACCCUCCAUGGAGCGCUACCCAGAGCUGCAGGGACUCAGGAUCCAAAGUCUUUAUCUAGACACAACGUAUUGCAGUCCAGAGUACACCUUUCCCACUCAACAGGAAGUCAUCACUUUUGCUGUAAACACGGCCUUCGAAUGGGUCACGCUAAACCCUCGUACGCUUAUAGUAUGUGGCACCUAUGCAGUAGGGAAAGAGAAGGUCUUUCUGGCUGUGUCGGAGGUGUUGGGCUCUAAGGUGUGUUUGUCCAGGGACAAGUAUAACACCAUGUGCUGUCUGGAGUCUGAGCAGAUUGGUCAGCGCAUUACGACAGACUGGCAGGCGGCUCAAGUGCACGUGCUUCCUAUGAUGCAGCUUAAUUUCAAAAAUUUGCGGACACACUUAAAGAAGUUCUCAAGGAAGUAUGACCAGCUCGUGGCCUUUAAGCCCACAGGAUGGACCUUCAAGCAGACUGUGAGAGUGGAAGACAUACAGCCUCAGUCCCAGGGCAACAUCAGUAUUUAUGGUAUUCCCUACAGCGAGCACAGCAGUUAUCUGGAGUUGAAGCGUUUUGUGCAGUGGCUGCGACCUAAAAAGAUCAUCCCUACAGUAAACGUGGGCAGCUGGAAGAGCAGGAAAGCAAUGGAGAGCUACUUUCAUGAGUGGCAGACAGAACCAAGAAUACUCUGAGAUAACCAGGCUGGAAUAAUACAUGAAGAAAACUGACCUUCACAAUUAAAGCUUUGACCAGACAGUCAAACAGUGGCUUCAUGGAUUUAUUUGAGCUGUAGACCAUGUCUGAAAAGAUGGUUAGAAGAAUAUGGGAGUUGCAGUCCUUUAAGUGCUGAUUGUACUACGGUUUAGGAUGUUGCCAUUCCCUCUAAUGACUUCUCUUUCUGUUUUCUACCUUGUCAGUGAAUAAUGCAGAAAUGGACCACAUAUGUCCUCUCGUUUUAGGAGGCACGGUUUUAACACUGCUUUGUGACUUUUUAUGUAUUUAUUUGUAUUAAAUUUGAUCUGGUUUACAAA